AAUAUUGAAAACUUUGGUCUCAAUAUGCGUUCGACCUUCUUUAUUCCCGCCCUUGUGGCAGUCGUUGCCGCCCUGCCCGCCCCUGCUCCUCAGGAGAUUGACCUUGAUCUGUUUGUCAACAUUCCUACGCCGACUGUCAUUCAAGCAAUUGGAACACCUGAUAAGAUCGUCACCUACGAUACAAAGGCCAUUCUUGCCUCGGCUACCAAGGUUUCCUCAAUCUCUGUCGCUGUCACAGAUGCUGCCUCCUCAACUCCGAGUGUAGUGAAGCGUGCAGCUUGCGGACCUGAACCUUCUGGCUAUGGACCUGUUACUACCAACCCCAAAGACGACGCUGCUUCGUUUCUAGCCAACCCUGUUUACGUAAACGCUGCCAAUGCUGCUGCUGUUCCCGCUGGAUAUGCUCAAACGUUCAAGAAUUUGAAUGCUUCUAGCAGUGCUUAUGGCUACCUGGGCUUUACCAACCUCCAAUCGUACAGCCCUCAGACCUGCGCCACUAAGUGCAAUGCCAUCAAAGGCUGCAUGGGAAUUAACAUUUAUUUCGAACGCGAUCCUAAGGUCACCCCUGACAAGACCGCCUGCCCAAAUCCUGCCUCGCUGACCCAGAUCAACUUACCGCUAACCAAAAAAGGNUGUGUGUACUGGGGUGGUCCUGUCACGGCUGCAAACACCAAAAACUACGGCAGAAGCUGGGUAUCGUUCUCAAUCGUAGUGGCUGGUUCCAACGGUUAUGUAAACCAAAACAUUGCCGCACCCUCUGGCUACUCAGACGCCAACUACCUGGGAAACGUAGCUAUCAAUGCACCCUACGACACCCUGGGCUACAACACAUACAUGGGCGCCAAGGUCUUCGCUGCAGGUCCUUUCAACGCAACUCUCUGCGCCGAAGCUUGUAACGCACAGAACGCGUACAACCUUGCCAAUCCACCUAUUGAUGGUAGUCCUGUCCAGACCUGCCAGUUCUUCAACACUUACAUCUUGUCUUUAAAUGGCAAGACGGCAAUGGGCCAAUACUGUGCGAUGUACAGUGCCACUUGGGCAAACAAGUAUGCUACCAACGCUGGGCAGUGGCAGGGUAACGAUCACUACACAGUUGGCUUUUCAUACUCAUUCUCAAACCUCAUAAAUGCAGGCACCACCAACGUAGCUGCCGCUGUCGCUCAAGCCAAGGGAGAGAUCUCCGUAUCUUCUCUGCAGAGCUACUGCAGCACUUUCUUGGGUUAUAAUGACCUCAAUGCCUAUGUCACUGCGACAUCCACAAAGACUCCUAUCUCGACUGUUACUUCCACCUCGACGCUGAAGAUUAAGGCUUCUUCUUCUUCGUCUUCGUCUUCUUCGAGCGCAACUUCGUUGUCUAAGCGCGCUGUGGCUUCUUCUUCUCUGUCUACACCUACUGCACUGACUAAGUACCCUGGUAGUAUCAUCUCCAGCGCUUGUUCGGCUUUGGUGACUAGUGUGCCCAAGACUGCCACUGUCACUUUGAGCACUUCUACAGUCACUGGCGCUACCAGCAGGUCUACGGUUGUCAAGACCGUCACCACUACUACUCGCUGA